AUGUCGAACAUGACAGAUUCACCGUUGACUUUGACCUACAUCUCCGGCAGUUCCGACCCAGAGCAGCAGCUCGACCUCUACCUACCGUCAUCACAGCCAGCGACGAGCCUGGUUGUGUUCAUCCACGGCGGUGCUUGGCGAACUGGAUCUCGCAAGGACCACAUUGACUUGGCACAGUACCUGUCUGCUAAGGGCAAGGCGGUUGCCGUGAUUGACUACAGGCUUUCUGUCAAAGAUGAAACGACAGGGUCAACGAAGUACGUUCAUCCCGUGCAUGCGCAGGAUGUCAAUGCCGCCUUGAGCUUCUUGCGCUCCCGGCCGGAUGUGCCACACAAGGAUUGGGUGGUUGUGGGUCAUUCGAUCGGUGCUUGGCUCACGCUGGCGGCUAUCAUCGGCGGAGAAGCAAGGACUGCGAACUCAGAAUACCCUAAGCCUAUGCCGCUUCCCGACAGCUCUGCACGUGAAGCCAUCAAAACUUGUGUAUUGGUUGAUGGUAUUUAUUCGGUUUCGAGCCUGCUCAAGGAAUACCCGGACUACGAAGGUUUUGUCGCCCAGGCGUUCCUCCCUCAGCCUGGGCCCGCCAACUACGAUGUAGUCUCCUGCGAGACUUGGCCGUUGGCGCUCGAGGGGAAAACCUUGCACGUGUGGCACUCGCGAGACGACGAGCUGCUUUCGUUCAAGCAGAGCAUCGAUGCACUCUUGCAUCUCGAUCAGCAGCUCUCCACCUCGAGGUCGGGAAGCGAUGCUAUUGUUACGAUUCCAGACGACGGCCUGGCAAGCACAACUCUCGUCGAUGGAGACAAGAAGAGCAUCGCUUCCAUCUACCCCAAUGUCAAGAUUCGAAAUGCUUCACGACUCUUUGCUGACCUGACUAGCCUCAGAGGUGCACACGAUGGUCUCUUGCACACCGAGACGUUCUGGGACCUCAUUCUAGCACUCUGA